AUGGAUGAGGGCUCCGAUAAAGCCCCUCGGCGUAAGAGGGUAUCUAGGGCUUGCGAUCGCUGUCGCAGUAAAAAGGACAAAUGUGAUGGCGUUCGUCCCACCUGCUCCGCUUGCCAGGCAUCCGGUCAGACAUGCUCCUACGACCCCCAUGCGAAAAAACGAGGUCUACCUGAGGGAUAUGUGCGUGGUUUAGAGAAACUGUGGGCCCUGUCGCUCUGCAACAUAGAUGGAUUUGAAGAAACAAUGCUCGCCAUGCUGGGAACAACCACAAACUCUGCCGGCCGUCGCGAAAAAUUGAUGUCGGUCUGGGCGGAUGACAGCUCUUCGGAAAGUCUCCAUGACACUUGGAAGUCUAGUCGCUUGUUUGGCGCUCUAGAGAAGAUGUUAUCUAACUCCGAGUCUGUUCCGGUAACUACGGGAAAACGAUCGUGGAACGCUCAUGACGAUCAACAAGAUGGCUUGGAUAGUCAGUGGGGAUUCAGAGCUAGUCGAGAUUCGAUACCUCUUGGUCCUGAUGCACCACGGAUAGUUGGGCCAGCAAGUAUUUCGCCGAGUGCAAAACGAGUUCGCUUGUCCCAGGCCUCGGACGGUCGCAAUGGCUCACCCUCAUUAAAUGGGCUCCAUACACUGCAGCUGCCGCCCAAUACAUCACAACUCCUCGACGUGUAUUUCGCUGCGACGCACUCAUGGCUCCCUAUUGUCGCCAAACAUAAUAUUCUCCGGGCCUCGUACCUCUACGCCAAUGCCCCUUUUUCCGUUGCGACCACUUCGCCUGGUUCCGGAGAUCACGCCGCGCUGUGGGCGAUCCUGAGCUACACCAUCUCCCAAUCGCAGUCUAAUUCACGAACCAGCCCAAUUGGGACAGUCUCUCUAGCUAGAGAGUACUAUGCGGUGUCGCGAAACCUCAUCCCAUCUGAAAAGGAACGAUAUGAACUUGGCCAUAUCCAAGCACUGCUGUUAUUGGCCUUGGUGAAUAUGGGCCUUGAUGAUUGGACCGCCGCGUGGCUUCUAUGCGGCCAAGCAGUGAGGAUGGCCAUAGCCAUGGGGUUGGGUACUUAUAGAGAUACGCGACGUUCUGAUGAGCUGAGACAGGGCAAAGCGGUCUUCUUGGGUUGCUUUGUCAUCGAGUCUUUACUAUCAUUCCGUCUUUCGAGACGUCCUGCUAUAUCGUCAAAUGACUUGACCAAUAUCAGCUUGUUAGAGGAAGAUGGACUGGAAGAGUGGAAUUCAUGGCCCGAUGUCCUCCCUCUCACCAACGCUUCCCACAGUAAAAACUUCCCACGCAGAGGACCAUUGCUGGCACUCAGCUGCUUUAAUCGCUUGGUUGAACUAGCAGGUGUGCUCAACAAAAUCUCACGAAACAUUUCAAUGGGCUAUAAACCAGUCUCCUUUGCACAGCAGUUGGUAUUGGAUUUGAAGCAAUGGGAUGAUGGAUUACCACUGGGAUGCCGGUUAAUUGGAGCUGAGAGUAUCUACCCGGAACGAAACUCUGCCCUGCUGCCUCAUCAAAGCUACCUUGGCCUGACCUACGUGGCUACACUACUAUGUCUAUAUUUGUACCUGAUUCCCGAAGAACAGGAGAUGCAUCGAUCACAGCGACCAGCAACUGAAGGUGCCAAGAAACUCCUAUACCGAGGACUUCCCAUGCUUUCACAACACUUGGAGAACUUUCACACAUGUGGACUUCCGCCCAUCUUUGAGAUUUCCCUACGAACCAUAUUUGAACAAGCUUUGUCACUGCGACAGGUUGUGGAGCCAUUUGACACCUUUCCUUUCGCCAAGUGGGCCGAGGAAUUCCGUCAAAAGACCACCACACUGACUGCGACAUGGCCCGUGUAUGGUUCCUUGGUAUCCGCGAUGGAACGUUUACAGUAUUCUGGCAAUGCGACUGCCCCUUCGUUACCCAGGUCCUCUCCUCUGACCAGCUCCAUGCAACCCCCUCGUGGAUCACAUGGCUUCACGCCAGUGGAGCAAGUCAACUACACCUCUUCCAUUCUUGGGAUCAGUAUUCCCGUGGAUGGACAGUCUGUGACACCCAAGGAUACUGUGAUGGGCAAUACCGAUCUAUCUCUCAUGGAUAUACAACAGUCCAUUCUCUCGGACAAGGUCACUCCUCGAAGUGUAUCAGAUGUCAUGUACCUAGGCAAUGGCCAUUCGCAGUCUCCCACUACGGAGUCUUCCACCUCCAACGCUAGGAUUUCGGAUAAAAAGCAACUUACCAGCGAUCGAUCUGUACCAGGCGGUGAUGGCAUGGGAUUCAACUCCGCAGGCACGGACGACCUCGAUGCCAUUUUCAAAGAUCUUGCCUAUUUGGACACCACCGAGUGGUCUCACAACCGCGAGGCUGGCCUGAAAGACUUUGGAUUCCUGGAUGAUAGUACCUUCCAAGCGUUCUGUCAUGAUCCCGAUCGGUUGGUAGGAUCUCACCCUGUCGUGCAUCCUCCAUCGAUCGCCGACAUAUGGCCACCCCCUGGAUUUUUCCCGGAGACAUUCCAAGAAGCGGAGACCAGUAUGGGUGCGUGA